GAGUGGCUGGUGAUUGCGCCGCCCGGUCGGCCGGCCUGGGUCUAUCUGUCCGCCCGCCGGCCGCCUGUCUACUGUAGCGGAGCCGUGUCAGUCAGUCAGUCAGUGUCUGUCGAGGCUGGCUGACCGCUUCGCCCCGCCGUCGCCACCGCCUCCGCCGCCACAGCCGGCCAGCGUUGCGUCGCCACGCCACGCCGCUCAGUUGUCGCCGCGCAGGUGACCGAGGAGGAGCUACUACCACCACCACCGGCGCGCUCUGUGCUUUAAUGUGAUUGUUGCGUGCCGCGCUCUCUGCGGAGUGGGGGGGUUUCCCCGCGCGAGUGAGAAGCGACGCGUGAUGUGUGGCGUCACUAUGACAAAUCGGUGAAAACUAGAGGAGAGGCAGGGAAAAGGGGCAAAAAUAGAGCGAGAGAGAGAGAGAGAGAGAGAAACGAAAAGUGUAGGGGAGAGUGGAAGAGUAAUCACACAGCUCAGUGUUUGUCGCGGGCGUCCGUCGUCAUGGUGAUGAAGCGCUGCUGAAACUGACACUUGCCGUCACAACUGGCUCGCCGACAGCCGUCAUCCGCCCGAGUGCCGGAGGUCGUCGUCGUCGCCGCCGCUGCAGCCAUGCCGAGGAGGAAGCAGGACUGUCCGAAACGCAUGAAAUGGGAAGGCGGUGAGGGCGUGGUGGGAGGCGCGGGUGCGGCGGGCCCUGACAGCCCCGGAAGCAAGGCCGGCGGGGGCGGCGCCAGCUGCUCAGAGUCCGCGGGCUCCGCGUCGCCAGACCGCGACGCCGACGCCGCCUCCGACUGCUGCAGCCCCGAGCCGGAGGCAGACCAAGAGCCGGAGGCCGAGGUGGACGGCGACGCCGACGCCGACCAGGAGAGGGACUCUGAGCAGGGCGCCGACGCCGAGCACGAGGCCGACGCCGACGGCGACGGCGACGCCGCCUCGCCAGACCCGCUGCAUCUCGCCACAGCGCACAGGGAGCCGUCUCCGCGGUGCGAGUCGCGCGACUCGCGCGCCUCCUCGGGGCCGCCGCGCUGCGCGUCGCGGGAGUCGCUGUGCUCGGAGCCGCGCGCCGCAGCCGCCGCUGCAGCCGCCGCGGCCGCGGCCGCCGCCUUCCUGCCGGGCGUGCUGCCCGUGCCGCUGGCCGGCGUGCUCCCCGUGCCGCUGGGGCUGCCGCUGCACCACCACCACCACCUGCAGCACCAGCACCACCAGCCGCUGCACCAGGCGCCGCCCGCCGCCAGCUCGCCGCCGCCCGUCCUCGACUUCAGCACCAAGUCGCGCGGCCCCUCGACGCUCGACGAGUCGCCGGUGCUCAACCUGAGCAAGCCCGCGACGCCGGAGCUGGCGGCCGGCGCCGGUGCGGCCAGCGCGUCGCAGCCGCUCGACCUGUCCGUGGGCCGCAAGCGCGCCAGCAUCGACCGCGACUCCUCGCCCUCCAGGUCACCGCUGCCGCCCUGCAGCCCGCACCCGCCGCCGCGCAAGAACUCCAGGAUAGACUAUUCACAGGCUAAGCCGCCGUCGGUGGUGUCUCCGUGGACGUCGCCGGUGAUGGCGCCGCACUUCCCGUACUUCGCGGCGGCCGUGUCUGCCAGCCUGUCGCCCAAGCAGCAGUCGCAGUCGCAGCCGCUGGCGGACGCGGCCAGCGCCACGGUGGCGGCGGCCGCGGCCGUCGCGCUCUGGAACGGCAAGCUGAAGCAGGCGCAGGCGGCGGCCGGCUUCGGGCCCACGCCGUCGCCCAGCGACGCCACCAAGGCGCUCGAGAAGAUGAGCGAGCUCUCCAAGCUGGGCGGCGACGAGCUGUUCCGGCCGCAGGGCCAGGCGGCCAACGGCGCGGCCGUCGCCGCCGCCGGCGCCAACCGACACAGCGCCUGGCAGUCCCACUGGCUCAACAAGGGCGCCGACCAGGCCAAGGACGUUCUCAAGUGCGUCUGGUGCAAGCAGAGUUUCCCGAGCCUGGCAGCCAUGACGGCGCACAUGAAAGAGGCCAAGCACUGCGGCGUGAACGUGCCCGCACCGCCGCCGCCGCCCCCACCGCCCCCUACGACGCCACAGCAGCCGCCGACGCCGCAGCCGACCACCCCGACGUCCAACUCGAGCACGCCCAACUCGUCGUCCGGCGGCAAGCCGACAGCGGCGGACCUCAACCUGCUGAUCAAGGAGACGAUGCCGCUGCCUCGGAAGCUGGUGCGCGGCCAGGACGUCUGGCUGGGCAAGGGCGCCGAGCAGACGCGACAGAUUCUCAAGUGCAUGUGGUGCGGUCAGAGCUUCCGCUCGCUCGCCGAGAUGACGAGCCACAUGCAGCAGACGCAGCACUACACCAACAUCAUCUCGCAGGAGCAGAUCAUCUCGUGGAAGUCUGCCGACGAGAGUAAAGGCACCGGUGCCGCCAACGCAGGCGGAGGAGCGGGUGCCGCUUCCGGCGCCGGCAACGCCGUCUCCGGCGGCGGGGGUGGCGCAGGCGGCGGCGGAGGCGGCGGCGCCAGUUCGCACGUCAGCGCCGUCCUCACGUGCAAAGUGUGCGACCAGGCUUUCAGCUCGCUCAAGGAGCUCAGCAACCACAUGGUGAAGAACUCGCACUACAAGGAGCACAUCAUGCGCUCCAUAACGGAGAGCGGCCGCAGCCGGCGCGCGCCCAGAGAGAAGCGCAAGAAGUCGCUGCCGGUGAGGAAGCUGCUCGAACUGGAGAGGGCGCAGCACGAGCUCAAGAACGGCGAGAAGUUGUCGCUGCCCCGGGACGCCGUGACGGGAGGCAGGAUCACAUGCGAGAAGUGCGGCGACAAGAUCGAAACGGCGCUCUUCGUCGACCACAUCCGCCAGUGCAUCGGCGGAGGUGCGGCGGCCGCCAAUCACGAAAGGAAUCUACUGAAGAACCGGUUGCUGUCGACGGGACUCGUGGACGGUCACGAUACCCUGAUCAAGGACAACGGUCGCCACCACAGGCCACCGUCCGGAGGCAGCCUCACCGCCACCGAUCUCUCCAAAGAUGGAGCCCACAACUCUGUCACCACACCUUCACCAGCCGGCAGUGGCGACGUGUCCUCGCCGUCGGUGCUCAACGCCAUCGAGAAGCUGAUUGAGAAGAGCUUCGACUCCCGGGCGAGGCACGGCGCGGGGAUGGCCGGAUACGGUGGUGCCGCCGGCGCCGCACCGAUGGGGUCGUCGAUCCUGAAGAGGCUCGGAAUCGACGAGAGCGUCGAUUACACGAAACCUCUGGUCGACGCGCAAACCAUGAACUUGCUUCGGAGCUACCACCACCAUCACCACCAACAGCAAGGCUACAUGCACCAGCGCAGCAGAGAGCGGUCGGGCAGCGAAUCCAGCUCGGUGUCGGGCCGCGUGACUCCGGCGAAUGCGGCGACGACGCCGAGGACGACGCCGGAGAAGCGCGUCCAGACGCCGCCGACCAGCGUCAAGUCGGAACCGCCGUCCACUCCAGUGGCUGCGGACGAGGAGCCACUGCCCGCCGCGCCGCCCGUUAAGAAGGAGGCGCCGCCUACGCCGAACGAGGAAGACCACUCGACGUCGCCGGCCCCGACGAUAGUCGUCAAGAAGGAAGCUUCCGAGCCGGAGGAGGAGCAGGAGGAGGACCGGCAGCAGAGGGAGAGGAGGUCUGAGGAUCGCGAGGAGGAGAACGUAGCGCGGUCUCCAGGGACUGCGAGCAGCCCGUGCCGGAGCAGCCCCGCCAGCAGCGAGCGUUCCAAUACACCGCACAAGAAGUCCAGCCUCGGCGCUCUGUCUUCCAUGUUCGACAGCCUGAGCGGCGGCGGUGGGCCCGGAGGGUCAGCGGGGGCGGACGGCCCCGGCUCGGCGGGCUCCAGCGCUGGUGGCGGCAGCCGAACGUCGAGCAGUCAUCCUCUGGCGGCGCUGCAGAAGCUGUGCGACAAGACUGAGCGCCACGGCGGCGGCCGCAGCAGCAGCAGCGGCAGCAGCAGCGCCGCGGGGAUUCCCCCCGGGCCUGCGGGCGCCGCUGUGCCCAACUCCACCCCGGGCGCCAUCCUCGCCUUCAGCUGGGCGUGCAACGACGCCGUCGUCACCGCCGACUCCAUCAUGAAGUGCGCCUUCUGUGAUACGCCCUUCAUCUCCAAGGGCGCCUACCGACACCAUCUGUCCAAGAUGCACUUCGUCAAGGACGGCGUGAUCCCGGACCCGGUGGCGCUCAAGGCGGCGCAGCAGCAGGCGGCGGCCGCCGCUGGUGCGGCCUCCGGCGCGGGCCCGGCUUCGACGCCCGGCGCGGGGGCCUCCGGCGCGCCCACAGUCGUCAAAGGAUCUCCAUCCGGCAGCUCUGCGAGCGGCGUCAACAGCGGCGGCGGGUCCUCCACGCCGUCCGGCAGCGGAGGCAACGGCGGCAGCGGCGCCAAGAGCCCGCAGACUGCGUCUAGUUUCGAGGAGAGCCCCCACUCCAAGUUUCUGAAGUAUACCGAGCUCGCCAAGCAGUUGUCUAGUAAAUACGUAUAGUCAGCGACGCGGGACUCUUGUUUGGUUAUUCGUGCGGCGCGGCCGAUUGCCUGUUUGUACAUAGUGUAAGUGAUGGAAGGCGAAGUUCGGUCGGCCGUGCUCCCCCGGGACAGGCGCGCAGUUACACGUUUACGACAGCCCUGGGUACUACUUCUAGCCCCUGCCUCACAUUACCCCUUUCUUUCCGUAAAGUCGUCAUUCCAAUGCCCACUGUUCUUAGUAGAAUACGUAAAAUGAUGGAAAAUUAGAAAAAAAAGAAACUUGUCCUCUUCCUGUACUCGCUGUUGGUGUUUUAAAAGAAGUAACGAGAGAAGAAAUAAUAAUUUAUGAAUCUAUUAGUAUUAAAACUGCGUGGACGAUUCUGUUGCCUAGCGACGUAUUUUUGUCCGCGCCGAGUACAAUGUGAUGCUACCAUAUCCUGCAGAGGUGAAAGAGUUCUUUAAAAUGUAACAAUAUUGUCCUAGAGUAGAGUAAGAAACUGUAUCUGAUGAAAUUAAGAAAAAAAAGAGGAAUAUACAUUUUUCUUCGAUGCCACUGGGUUGUAUACACCACAAAGAGAAGCGUACGAACCAAAGUUAUCAGGAAUGUGGUACCUUCCCGUCGCAACUAAUAUUCAAAUGCCUCCGGAAUUCGACGCAGUCUGUUAUACGAGAUCACAGGAACGAUUAUACUUACCUGUAUUAACGUGAUACGCCACAGCUGGGACUUUGAAUCUCGCGAUUAGUCGUGCUGACCGGAAUUGGGGCUGCAGUCUCAAGUUUUUGAGUUUAACAGGUACUGUGAUUUUACAUAAUAAUUCGGUGUAACUUGCUUCCUGCUCAUGUUACUGGCCAGGAUUCCUCGUUAGGCUUACUACUGACAACUAGCAGCAGUACAAUUACUUAGCGCCCCCCCCCCCCCCCCAUCUCAACCAUCUCCGAUUAGAGAGAAAUUAUUCCUCUAAAUCAUGGUACAGCCUACUGAAAAAACACACCGGUUUCGUCAUUUCUCAGGUGUCCUCGGUUACAUCGUCUUACAUAUAGCGAUUUAUUUUUGUGAGUUAACUUUUUCUUUUCGAAUGUAGGGUAAAAUUAAUCCACGUAAUUCAUGUUUCGCGUAAUUAUUACCUGGAUGAAUAAUGCUUUAUUCUGUGUUACAAAUCGCGAAACCACUGGAAGCGGCGGUCAUCAUGAUAUGGAAGCAAGUCGAACUUGCCCGUUUCUGUGCACGUGCUCAACGCCUCACUUUCUGGCGUUUUUUGUAUGUAAGUUUUUUCCGUCUGAAUGAAAGCGGCCCUCAACCUUCAGUAACUUCUUUCAAGCCCAUGUUCUUCCUUGAUAUACAGGCUGGCUCCUACGAUCUGAACACGAAGCGAAUGAUAAAAUAUUUGGAGAUCCAGUUGACUUUAUUUUCAUUAUUCUAUUGGUAUGGGCUUGGAAAAGUGAGAAGAAUACAACGAAUGAAUUUACACCCUUAUGUUUAGUUCUACGAUCUUCCUUCAGCAUUCAAGUUGGUAUACAGAUCCAGAAAGUAAUAGCAUAAAAAUACAUUCGUAUACGUAUCUUAAAAUAUCCAAUUCUUCCUCUUCUGAAUAAAUGCACUUAUUUAAUCAGCAACUAUGUAAAUAUUAAGGAGUAUUUGCAUAAAACAAAUGUAUACGCUAGCUCGAAUAAUCAAGCUGAAACUUAAUGUACUUCCCCCAACCUUUAUUUUGUUAAGACAUGUUCUUUUUUUUACAUAAUUAGUUUAUUUUGUGUAACAGAAUUCGUUGGACUUACGUUGAUACAUGGUCAGAUUCAAUAUUUGAACAUCAUGCCUUUUCAGCCUUAAAUGCAGAAAACUUUGUAAUGGUCACUCUUUAUUUAUUACGUAUAACGUAUUCUGUGAAUUUGCGCUAAUUUAAUAAAACGAAAUCUCUUUUCUUGUCA